CGGGGCGCGCCUUGAAGCACCGCCUUAAAGCGCAACAUCACUUCCGGUUCUCACUUCCGGGUGCUGCCGGUGCUGCCGCCGGUAACGGCUCCGGGCCGGCCCCGCCAUGUUCCUCCUCCUCCUCCCGCCGCCGCCGCCCCCAUGAGCCGCAAGAAGAGCGGCUUCGCCAUCACCAGCGUCCGCGGCGGCAGCGGGAGCGCGGCCGGCGAUGCCUCCGGCGCCGCCGCCGGUUCUGCGCCUUCCUCGUCCGGCAGCCCCAGCGGGUCCCGGUUCCGCCUCGUUCGUUUGCUGUCGCCGGGAGAGGUGCUGCGGCGGGGCCGGUGGCUGUGCCGCGAUUUCUACGAGCGGGACGCGUCCCCGCGGGGCGGCGGCGUUGGCGGCGGGAGGGUCCCGGUGUCGCUGGACGCCCCCCGGGCCGUGCCCGCCCCCCACCAGCCCCGCUCCCUCGGGGCCUUCGCGCAGCUCGUGCAGCAGGCGCUGCCCCCCAAACCCCCCUCGCCACGCCCAGGGGGCGGGGCCGAGCUCAGCGCCCGCCUGGGAUUGGCUGGCGAGGAGAGCGAGGACGAGGGCGCCGGCACCGGCGUCACCGCCAUCGACAACAAGAUCGAGAGAGCCAUGGACCUGGUGAAGUCGCACCUGCUGCUGGCCGUGCGGGAGGAGGUGGAGGCGCUGCGGGAGCAGAUCCGGGAGCUGAGCGAGCGGCGGGCGGCGCUGGAGAGGGAGAACCGCCUGCUCCGGGCGCUGGCCACGCCGCAGCAGCUGGCCCGCCUGCCCCCGAGGCCGCCCCCGGGGCCGCCCUGAGCCCCGGGGAUCCCGGGGAGGGGUCCCAGGGGUUUUUGGGGGUCCCGGGGAGGGGGCAGCGCACGCUGCUCUGCUGCUGCUUCACUGCGAGGAAGCUCUCCCGUCCUUCCUGCGCGAUUUGGGGCCUUUUUUAAUAAACUCGCGAUUUUUACAGCA